CCUUCACUUUACAGGAUGCGAGAGAAGGUGGUGGGAGUUCCUGUCUUUUUCUGCACAGUUGGUCUUCGGAUAAAUCGCUUCGGUGCCUGACUAAGGAGAUUCGUGUUUGUUUCCUCCCCUUCCGGCCUAAGAGCGUAGAACAGUCCCCUCAACAGGUGCGCACUGGAGGAGACUAAGGAGGCAAUUGAUAGGGGGAUUGGGUGGGUGGUCUCUUCCUGCUCUCUCCGGAAGUAGUGGUGUAUCCUGUUCCCCCCAUUGCUGUGGAGUAUAGGCUGAUCCCGCCUCCUUCCCUCACCGGACUGGUUUGUCCUCAUCUUGCUUCCCUCCCUUUCGCUCCAAGAAAUGGUUUGCCCCUGCCUCCCGGUAUGGGCCCUUGGCUCGGCCCGUCCCAGGUGGGGCUGACUCUGAGGCGCUCGUAGCGGCUGGCCAGAGGCGGGACGGAAGAGCUUCCUGAAGCCUGUGCGGUGCGCUGCGCUGCGCUGCGCUGUUUGUGCCACUACAGGGGCCGCUCUCGGAGUCGUUCGUUUCCCCCCUUACUGCUUCUCUGGCGCCUCGGGGGGCCGGGGAGAUGCCGACUCAGCGGGACAGUAGCGGCGGCAGCACCAGCACCACCACCAUCAUGUCCCACCCGACGCUGGGCGGGAGUAGCCUCGGCGGGGAUAGCGCCCACCAGGUCCGGGUGAAAGCCUACUACAAAGGGGACAUCAUGAUAACCUAUUUUGAACCUUCCAUCUCGUUUGAAGGACUGUGUAAUAAGGUUCGAGACCUGUGCUUCUUUGACAAUGAACAGCUCUUCACUAUGAAAUGGAUUGAUGAAGAAGGAGACCCAUGCACAGUUUCUUCUCAGCUGGAGUUAGAGGAAGCCUUUCGGUUGUAUGAACUAAACAAGGAUUCAGAGCUUCUAAUUCAUGUGUUCCCUUGUGUACCAGAAAGGCCUGGCAUGCCUUGUCCAGGGGAAGAUAAAUCCAUUUAUCGUCGUGGUGCCCGGCGGUGGCGGAAGCUCUAUUGUGCAAAUGGUCAUACUUUCCAAGCGAAGCGAUUUAACAGGCGAGCUCAUUGUGCCAUCUGCACUGACCGAAUUUGGGGUCUGGGGCGUCAGGGAUAUAAAUGUAUCAACUGUAAACUCCUUGUUCACAAGAAGUGCCACAAACUUGUCAACAUUGAAUGUGGCCGCCACGCACUACAACCAGAGCCUGUAAUACCUAUGGAUCAGUCAUCAGGGCACCCAGAUAACAUAGAACCAGUGAUUCCAUAUAAUCCUUCUAGCCAUGAGAGCUUGGACCAUGUUGGUGAAGAAAAAGAGGCGAUGAGUAUUAGAGAAAGUGGCAAACCUUCUUCCAGUCUGGGCCUUCAAGAUUUUGAUCUGCUCAGAGUUAUAGGAAGAGGUAGUUAUGCUAAAGUACUACUGGUUCGAUUAAAGAAAACGGAACGCAUUUAUGCAAUGAAGGUUGUGAAAAAAGAGCUUGUCAAUGAUGAUGAGGAUAUUGAUUGGGUACAGACGGAAAAACACGUCUUUGAACAGGCUUCAAAUCAUCCUUUCCUUGUUGGCCUACACUCUUGCUUCCAGACAGAAAGCAGAUUAUUUUUUGUAAUAGAGUAUGUAAAUGGAGGUGAUUUAAUGUUUCAUAUGCAGCGGCAGAGGAAACUGCCUGAGGAGCACGCCAGGUUUUAUUCUGCAGAAAUCAGUCUAGCAUUGAACUAUCUUCAUGAGCGAGGGAUAAUCUACAGAGACUUGAAACUGGACAAUGUGUUAUUGGAUUCUGAGGGGCACAUUAAACUCACAGACUAUGGCAUGUGCAAGGAAGGAUUAAGGCCUGGAGACACAACCAGUACUUUCUGUGGAACUCCCAACUAUAUUGCUCCUGAGAUUUUGCGAGGAGAAGAUUAUGGCUUCAGUGUUGACUGGUGGGCAUUAGGUGUACUUAUGUUUGAAAUGAUGGCUGGCAGAUCCCCAUUUGAUAUUGUUGGAAGCUCCGAUAACCCUGAUCAAAACACAGAAGAUUAUCUCUUUCAAGUCAUUUUGGAAAAACAAAUCCGUAUUCCACGAUCCCUUUCUGUUAAAGCAGCAAGUGUUCUAAAAAGUUUUCUUAACAAGGAUCCAAAGGAACGUUUAGGCUGCCAUCCUCAAACAGGAUUUGCAGAUAUUCAGGGACAUCCAUUCUUCCGCAAUGUUGAUUGGGAUCUGAUGGAACAAAAACAGGUGGUUCCUCCAUUUAAACCAAAUAUAUCAGGUGAAUUUGGUCUGGAUAACUUUGAUUCCCAGUUCACUAAUGAACCUGUCCAGCUCACUCCAGAUGAUGAUGAUAUUGUGAAGAAGAUUGACCAAUCUGAAUUUGAAGGCUUUGAAUAUAUUAAUCCUCUUUUGAUGUCAGCUGAGGAAUGUGUCUGAUCUUUCGUUUCUGGACUGUGCCAUAUAUUGCAUCUAUCACUUGUUUUCUGCAUGGAUAAACAACUUGCCAUUUCGUUGCACUUGUAUCAAAUGAAAAACAUUUUAUCCUUGCCACCAGCUGUGGAGUCAGAGAUUUUUAAUCUUGGUUGUUACAACUUGCUAUCAUGCCGAACUUUUUGUGUUAGGUUGCAAAAAAAAAAUUUGAAAUGUUAAUCUACCAGCAAUCUUGCCAAAGUCUAAUUUUAAUAUAGAAGUAGCCAUUGUUGCUAACUCUUAGCUAGUGGAUUUUUCUGUUUAAACUGCUGUAAGUAAUGUAGUUGUCUGCUUAAAGAAAAAUCUUCUUACUGCUUUAAGAGCAUGUGUUGCAUUAGGGCACAUAAUGAAACAGCAUUAAAAGCCAUUAAUACUUGCAUUUUAACAGCAAGACUGACAAGACUUCAGUUCUGGUAAUUUCUAAAGCCUCUCUCCUCCAACUUUGCUAUGUACACUGAUCUUUCCACGUUUACAGUUGAACCUGUAGUGUUUCCCCAUACACUCAAAGGACAGUAGGACAGCAGUUCUUUAAAAUGGGUAGAGCGAAGGAGAGUGGCUGCUUUCUUGGACUAUGGAACAUUGAUUCUGUUCCAAGAGAAGAUAAUGCUCAUGUAAUUGAAUGAAUAGAUUCCACUCCUGAGCUACUUCUGAUUGAUAACCGGAGGUAACGCACACACUUUGGCAUGUGAAAAGUGAGUGCCUUUCCAAGCCUGUCCCUUUCAGCAAGGGCUGUAAGUGAUGUAAAGUAUCAGUUUAAAUGAGUGGAACUCACUUCAUUACUUUUUUUUUUUUAAGGAAAAAAUCUGCAUAGAGAAUUCUUUUUAGCAGAAAUGGGCAGCUAAUAUUCAAGAAUGUAGGACCUCAUGCUAUUUAUUCCUUAAGUUUUGGUAGAUCUGAAAUGGUUAUCUUACAGCUACAGCCUAGCUAAGGAGAAGACAGUAAAAUUAAUAGAAUCUUAUUGCCAUGCUGUUGGAAAAGCGUUCCAUCUUCCCAGUGGAAAAAAGAGUGCAUGUUUUUUAUUCAUGUAACCCAGUAUCUGAAAAGUGGAAGGACUAGCCACAGUGACUCCUGAACUUUUUUUGGUGUUUUUCAAUUUAUGAAUAAUCUCUUCCAAAUCUUAGGUGUCCACAAUGGACUCGAGCUAACUGGCAGGAAAAAUUGGAAUAAAUGAAAGUAAUUUAAACAAGAAGUGACUUGAUUGGAAGUGAGAUUCUUAUAAAUGUCCAUAUGGAUAGCUAAAUAUUCAAAUUAUUUUUUUGAAUCUGAGGGAUAUACUGGCUGAAGAGAUGCCAAAUAUAUUUUAUGCUUGGUUUUAAAGGAAAAGGGAUGUUAAGAGACAUUGAGUCAAAUCUAUAUAAAUGGCUAAAGCUAAACUGCUAAGUAUUAGUAAAAGCAGACUUAAUAGAACACUAUUCUGAAAACGCAACAUACCUUAGGGCUUGUCUACACUGUGCUGGCAAAGCACAUUAGGGGGGGUGAUUUGUAGAGUGCACUAAUAUUCUGCACUGUGUACACCUUGCUGGCCUGCUCUAAAAGGUACCUAGUUUGCAUUGAUGUCAUUGCAAGAACCAUGUAAACAAGCCUUUAGCAAGAGUUACCUAAGGUUAAUGAGCCUCCCCUCUGCUGCUGUUUUUUCCCUUGAACGCUAUAGUGCAUUGACACUAUAAUUUCAGUUUUGGUGGUGUGAAUUAUCUUCAUUUGUAUACUUAAACUGUUUCGGACACUGACUUAGUAGCUUUAAUAAAAGAGAUUGACACUACUUGGUACAUGCCCAUAGUACAGUACCUAGGCCACUUUUGUUUACAAGAUACAUUGUAGGACUAAUAUUUGAAAAAAUAUAUUAGGCUACAUUUUCAAAACUGACAAGCUGUUUUGGGUGCCUCAACUUUUGGGAAAUACUGAGUUUGCGCCGCCCACCCCUCUCAUGAAAAUAAUGCUCUUGUAAGAUGUCUCAAGUUGGGCCCUUAAAAUCAGAAGCUGCUUUUUAGGCUUUAAUCUAUUUAAAUCUUAAAGGUUUUUUUCACUACACAAGUUAAAUUUGGGAUAAUCUUGAAGUAUUUAGCCUUUGACUUGUAAAGCCGUCAUCUGUAUAGAAGUCUGGAAUUUGUUGGUAUUAAACUCAAAGGCUGCUAUCAAUGAGGAAUGAACUGGGCUCUGUACAGUGACUUAAAUUCAUAGGAUAUUCAGUGAAAAACGGUUUUAUAUAGGGAAGUGUAUUUUCAGAUUUUCAUCAUAUACAUAAAGAUGAAUGGAAUUCUCACUUUGAAGUUUUUGUGCUUGAUGCAAAAACAUUUUUUAUAGAUAAUGUUACAGAAGAUACACAUCUUUUUAUUUAUGUAUUUUAACCUUAAGAUCUGCCUUCUGUUUUAGUAUCAACUUAGUUAACAAAAAAAAGUGAUUGAUAUAUAUUUUAAACAAUUGUCACUGCAAGUCUAUUUUUUACUUUCUCUUCUAAACUCUAAGUGCCAUGACAUUAACUGUUAAUUUUUUUUAAGUUGUUAAAUGUGUAGAGGCUGUCUUAGCAUAUUUAGCAGGGAAAUCAGGCGUGGACAGUCAAGUACAGUAGGUUGUAUCUUGUAAAGAUAAACUGUCUACAUCAGAAUCAUGAUGUGUUUAUGUGGAGUAACCUCAUUUUUGUAUACAAAUUGGACUCUGGGUGCUCUUCUAGUUGAAUACUGUUGCUACUGUAUUUUUCUUCUUCACCUAGAACGCUAUUUUGAACAUUAUACUGUGUAAUCAUUUCCUGUAUUUGUGCACACAUUUUUUACUUGUCUUUUAAAUAAAAAAUUUAUAUUGGAGCAUA